AUGAAGGUAAUACAUAAUGAAAAACUUGCGACUAGCAUUGAGUUGUGGAACCUAUUUGUAAAACCAAAAUAUUUAGUAGACGAAACAGAAGAAGCGCUAGCUACAUAUGAUGAAGAAAAAUUAAAACACUUGUUUUUGAAAAGACUAAAUUUUGGUACAGCUGGUCUAAGGGGAAAAAUGGGAUUUGGAUUUAAUGCAAUGAAUGUUGUGACUAUUAUGCAAACAACACAAGGUUUAUGUACGUAUUUAAUUAAUACAUAUGGUAUAAAUGAGUGUAAAAAUAGAGGUAUAAUUUUUGGUUUUGAUGGAAGAUAUCAUUCUGAAUCUUUUGCACAUGUGGCUGCUUCUGUAUGUUUAUCAAAAGGAUUUCGAGUUUAUUUAUUUGGACAAACUGUUGCUACACCUAUUUUAUGCUAUUCCAAUUUUAAAAAAAAUUGUGUGUGUGGUGUUAUGGUUACAGCUUCUCAUAACCCCAAGUUAGAUAAUGGGUACAAAGUAUAUGCUGCAAAUGGAGCACAAAUUAUUCCUCCUGUCGAUAAAAAUAUUUCUGAAUGUAUAUUAAAUAAUUUAAAACCAUGGAAUGAUGUUUAUGAUUAUUUAAAUGAAAAUUUUUAUCUAAAAGACACUUCUCUUGUGGAAGACAUUUACUACGAAAUAUAUGAUGCCUUUAUGUCCGAUAUGAAAAAAGAAUUUAAUUUUAAUUGUCAUAGAAAUUCACGCACAAAACUUGUUAUAGUAUAUUCUCCUAUGCAUGGAAUUGGUAGAAAAUUUGUUCAAGGCAUUAUGCAUAUAGUUGGAUAUAAUAAUUUACUUACAGUACCUCAACAGGCCUUACCAGAUGCUGAUUUUUCUACUGUAGCUUUUCCAAAUCCUGAAGAAAAAGGAGCCCUUGAUUUAUCGAUACAACUAGCUGAUGUGGUGAGUAGUCCCAUAGUAGUUGCAAAUGAUCCAGAUGCAGAUAGAUUUGCAUGUGCAGAAAAAUAUAAUAACAAAUGGAAGAUAUUUUCUGGAGACGAAUUAGGAAUAAUAUUUGCAUACCAUAUAAUGAAACAAAAUGAAAAAAAAAGUAUAGACAAAUCAAAACAUGUAUUUUUAUGUACAGUUGUAUGUUCGAGAAUGUUAAAGAAAUUAUGUGAUAUGUAUGGAUAUAUGUACGAUGAAACACUAACAGGUUUUAAAUGGCUAAUAAAUAAGGCUAUAGAAUAUGAACAAAAAUAUUAUACUACACUGUACUGUUAUGAAGAAGCUUUAGGACAUGCACUGACUCAACAUGUAAGAGAUAAAUGUGGUAUAUCUGCUUUGGCAUAUUGGAUUGAAAUAGCAGUUUAUUUAUAUGAAAAUGGAUUAACAUUUCAUGAUUAUUUAGAAAAUAUUAGAAAAGAAAUUGGUUAUUUUGUAAGCAAUAAUGGAUAUUACAUAGUUCUAGAUCCCAAUGAUAUUGUAAAUAUAUUCAAUGAAUUCAGAUGUAAUGGUUUAUACAAAACGUGCUUGGGUUCAUAUAAAAUUACUCAUAUAAGAGAUUUAACUACUGGAUUUGAUUCAACAACAAGUGACAAAAAAUCUCUAAUUCUACCUACGCCAGAUUCCCAAAAUAUUACAAUUCAUUUUGAAAAUACAGCCAUCCUUACAAUAAGAGCCAGUGGAACAGAACCCAAAGUAAAAUGGUAUAGUGAAAUUUCUAGAGGCACUUAUGAAGAUGCUAAGAAUGAGAUUGAUAAAUUAAUAAAUGAAGUUAUGCCAUUGUUUAUGCAACCGGAUAAAUACAAUAUUAAAAAAUGCUAA